AUGAAUUACGCCCCAGAUCCAACAAGAACCCGGCCUUUGUUCGCCUCCGCAAUUCCUGGUUCGACUUCGGUUUCCUCUGGUCCAGAUCCUCCUCCGCGCUGGUCUGGUAUGCCGUCGGAAGACGAUCAGCGCUUGCACAAUGUGGGGGUUGCGGCUCUUGCAGCCGUCUCUCAGUAUCCACAUGCCGUGAACGAAGAAAGCCAUUCAUAUCUCAUGUCUGAGGUUGUGAAUGCCGUGAGAGAUGUGCCAACCCAUUUCUACCGGUCCCAGCCGCAGGUACACCGGUCUUAUGGCGACAACUUUCCUACGCAACAAGAGCAGCACUACCCGACUCGCGAUGAAGCGGACAGCAUGCCCUCAGAAGCUGAGAUGACGUCAGGAUCGCGAGACUCAGACAGUGAUGUGGAAAUGGAUAGUGUGGUCCAGGACUUAAUUGAGCAGACGGCCUCCUGGCACCAAAUUGCGACCAUCGCAAAUCCCCUCGAUCAUGAGAAUAGUCAGAAAGAUAUGGUAACGGACUACGACCCAGUCUUUGAAGAUGACUAUACGUCUCCAUCCUCCGGACCCGAUGAUGAUUUAGAAGACCUCAUCAGGUUCUAUCCCGGAGAAGAAGAGUACCUUCGCCAGCGUAGUGCCCCACGGUCUCCCGAGAAGUCCACGCGUGAUAUCAACCUUGAUGAGUUCUACCGUCGCGUGGAAUACGGCGUGCCGGAUAUUAAUUUGGGGAUCUCUCACAUUCCCGACAACAUGGUACCACAAGGGAAUCAUUUCCCAGGCGAGCAGAUGCAACCUGCGGCCCAGCACCCUGACGCUAUCGUGCAUACAACCAUUCAUGAGCAAAAUCUCACUAUUGACGAGUUUAUCCAACGAUGGAUGGACGAAUCCACAUCGACCUUAGCUCGUUCACAACCGCGUGCGCUCUCCCACUUUCGCCCGCUUUCUAAGAUGAUUGACUGGGAGCCACCGAAGAGCAUUUACCGACCUCGUCGAUACAAAGGCCGAUCAUAUGAUAUCCAGCAGAUCCCAUGGUCUGACUUGCUCAAAGUCAAGCGCAGCGACGCCAGAGCACUUCGAGAUGCUUGGUAUACAUCCUACCAUAACCUCGAUUACUCACAAGUCAAGCACGCAGAGCGAUUGCCAGAUGGCGAGACGUUCUACCGGGCUAAGUCGAUGCAUACUGCGCACACAGCGUCCGUGGAGCAUUUUCAGUUGCGCAAUCUUAUGUCCGUGCAAGCAUGCGAUACUGUGAGCUUCUCCAGCCGAUCGAGGGUUUACUCAUGGACUCCAGCCUUCGACAAUAUCCGCACUUUGAUUGACGUUAGCCGUCCAGAUCCAGACGUAGGCUUUCUGAACCCUGUCAAGAUUUCCAGCAUGAGAUCCGCCUAUGGACUGACGAUUGCCGGCGGGUUUUGUGGGGAAUAUGUCUUACAAGGUCUAGAUGGAGAAGGCUCCGGGGCCAAGGGGUUGGUGGCUCCCGACUACAAUGAUGGUAUCACCAACCAUGUGGACAUCAUUAAGAGUCGUUCCGGAGGAUCCGUCACGGGCGUCUUUGCGUCCAAUGACAGACAUCUUCGCCUCUUGGAUUGCGAAACGAAUAUACUCUUUUCAGACCAGGAGCUGUCUCGUCCAAUCAAUUGUACUGCAACCUCUCCGGAUAGCCGCCUGCGAGUGGUGAUUGGGGAUUCCCCGGAGGCAUGGAUCAUCGAAGCGGACACUGGACGCCCUGUUCACCCACUCCGUGGACACCGUGAUUAUGGCUUUGCUUGUGCUUGGUCCCCAGAUAUGCGCCAUAUCGCAACGAGCAACCAAGAUAAAACGGUCAUCAUCUGGGAUUCUCGUACCUGGCGUGCUCUAGAGACUAUUGAUUCCGACGUCGCCGGGUACCGCUCCCUUCGCUACUCACCCGUUGGCGGCGGACCUCGAACGCUCUUGUGCUGCGAGCCUGCAGAUCGUAUUUCGAUCAUCGAUGCUCAGCUCUACCAAAGCCGCCAGGUCCACGACUUCUUCGGAGAGAUAGGCGGUGCAGACUAUUCGCCGGAUGGCGGGUCCAUCUGGGUUGCGAAUACCGAUCCUCACUUCGGUGGAUUCAUGCGAUAUGAACGUCAGCAAUGGGGCAGUUCGUUUGGUUUGACCGACCUUCCAAACGAAUGGUUGCGCGAAGCUGAUCUUGAUCUUGAUGAUCGUUGCACGAUGAGUGCCAAAGAAAGGCGGCAGCGUUUUCUGCGUAACCUUUCAGAUGACGAGCAUGAUCAAUUCCUCCUCUGA